UAUAUUAUUUUACACUCAGCCAUCAAAAGGCUUCUUUACAUAUAACACUUAACUGUGAGUUUUAGAAGAAAACAUUUUAAUAGUGUUUUAACCAAUCACACACACUCACAGGACAGCGCAAGAUUUGUUAGCUCCGCCCCUGAGUGUGUGUGUGUGCGCGCACGAGCAAUGGAUCUGUGUAGAAUCCAACAACACAAAGCAGAACUUUCUUUAAAACUCUUGAGGAACUUCUUCAGAACCCUUCAGGAUUCUAUAAGUCAUGAACUUUGUACACAGUAUUAAGAGAUCAUUUGUUUUGGCACCUUUUACCGAUAAAAUGUCACAGUAAGCAUGUACAAACAUGCAUACACACACACUCACACACACUAACAGACCAUUAUGUAGGGCCACACCCCGGCGUGUAUGAAACUGUUGGACAUGUGCAGACAUUAACCUGUUACACCAAUGUGAGCUUUACAUCCACCUGUGUGUGUGUGUGUGUGAGAGUGUUAAAUUCAGUACUGUUUGUGCAGCAAUUUUAACAAAGCACAUUGUCACAGAGCAGCUUCACAGAAAGAUAUAAAAUCCAGAUGACUUGUUUAUUUAUAAUAUUUAUUGAUCAGCUUGUCAUUAAUGAGCGAGUGAGAGGAGGUGAGGGUGCUGAGGUAAAACUCCCUGAGAGGACAUGAGGAGAACCUCGAGAGGAACCGGACCAGUCCUCUCCCCGGGGUGAGGGAACACAGUGGGAACAUAAAUCAGUGGCGGCUGCAUCCGAGCUGUUCUGUUUCUACUUACAGACACGUCUGUUCUCACUGCUGUACACGGAGUAGUGUCUCACUGUCUCACUGUCUCUCUCUCUCUCUGUUUGUCUCUCUGUCUUUGUCUGUCUAGGUCUCUGUCUCACUCUCUGUCUCUCUCUCACUCUCUCUCUCGGCUCUUUUAUAACUUGUCUAUAUUUAGGUCACACUGCUGGAGGCCAUUAGAGUUUAGCACCAGUCUGACGCCUGUCACACAUUCUGGCCAAAUACCGCGCACACACACACACACACACACACACACACACACACUUUUCCAAAGGUUUAGUUGCUUCUUUAUGGAAUUUAUUUUUACUUUUUUAUGGAACAUUUUGGUUUGUGAUGCUAAACCAGCACUAAUCACACUAUAGACUCAGAGAAGAGUUAGCAUUAGCAAUAGAAUUAGCGGUAUUUAUUUUGAGCUCAGUAAAGUGAUAAGAUUUUUGUGCAGAAAACAAGUGUGUGUGUGUGUGUGUGUGUGUGUGUGGAGGGUGCGUGUAGUAGCCCUGCUGUAUCUAGCCAUAGCUGGACAAAUGAAUCACCACCUUUUGACCAAUCAGCGUGACGGGGCGGAGAUCAGACCUGCGCGUAAACGCCGUGUGAUUACAUCAGGAAAAAAAACGCACCGUUGGUUUUACAGGAGUUAGAGCCAAUUCCUAAGAAGAUCACUGGUGGUGUUUCCACAUUUUGCUGUGUGUGUGUGUGUGUGUGUGUGUGUGUGCGCGAUACUAUUAAACUGGAGUUGAUGGAAUAGAGGCUCUAUUCAUAAGAGAAGUAGGAGGAGUGUGUAUGUGUGUAUAAAGAUGGCAGUGUGUUUUUAAAACUCCUCGGCUCUUUAUAUAAAAAGUGAUGUAAUCUAUCAGGACUGCAGACAGCACUUGAUUGACAGGAUUGUGGGCGGGGCUUGGACAUGUGGCCAAUUAAAUAACUAUUAUGAAUUGUAACUCACCAUGAUCACGUGUGUGUGUGUGUGUGUGUGUGGGCAGCGGAAUUCUGUGAGACUCGUAUGUAUUGCAUGUGGAACCGUCAUUCCUGAUUGGCCAAGACAAAGAGUGGGAGGAGAAUGGAAUGAAAGAGUGCCAGUGUUGACCUAUCACUGUUGUGUUCUGUUGAUGGUGUGUGUGUGUGUGUGUGUGUGUGUGUUAUUACUGUAAUGUGUCCUCACAGUAUCACAUGGAGACUGGGAGAGAGGGAUGCGUGUCUGUGUUUAUUAGGAAUUACGGGAUUAUUUGAGGAUCAUGUGAGAUCGCAGAAGCGGAGUGCGGCGGGAGCGGCGGGAUUAGUGUGGCGGCGUGGUCACAAGGUCUUGUGAUAAAGAUUUCUGGAACGCUGAACUCUGCAAUCAGCUUAAGUUUUUGGAGACGGAGGAGGAACGAGCAGAAGUUCAGAGUUUUGGAAUAAAUGAUGAUGUAAUUUCUGGUCCAGGAUCUGGAUUACUGAGUGUGUGUGUGUGUGUGUGUGUGUGUGUGUGUGUGUUUUUGUGUUCGGCACUCAUUUCAUGACGUCAUCUCACUUUUCCAGAACGUUCAGCAGGACAGGAGCUGAACAACUUCACACACCUUGGACUUCCAUCUUUCUGCUCAGACUGUGAUUUUGUGCCUGGGGUUCUGCUCUUCUCACACACCAAAAUCCCAGAACACACUUGUGUGGCUCUCUGCAGAGUGUUUCUGUGCACGCAGGCGCGUGUGUGUGUGCGUGUGUGUGUGCACGUGCGUGUGCAUAAAAUGUGGCUUUGAGAACAAUCCGGUCACAAAAUAAUAUACAUAACAUAGCAACUCAAGCAGUUGCAGUCGCUCUUUAAACUUCCUGUGGCCGUAACUUCCUGUUGAUGAAACUUCCUGUUGCUGGUGUGUGUGUGACUCAGCUGUUUCCUGUCAUGUUUGGUAGCGUUAGAAAGAUGGUGUCCGCAUUUGAGACAAGAAAACAGCCCCGUCCUCGUCCUCCCCCUCCUGCUCCUUCUUCCUCCACCCAAAGCCCCUCAAUCACCCAACAGAACCCUCCCCCUUCCCCCACACCCACCCCAACCCUAAAAGCACUCCCCUGUUCAUCCACUACACCUGAGACUUCCCCCUCUCACACAUCAGGACACGCCCGGUCCACUCAGCUGACAUGGCUUUCUGGUGUGAGUGAGAGCCGCUGUAAUGAAGGGAGACCAAGGCAGGAUGUGGUCUUAAGAGGGGGCAGAGAUGGGCGGAUAAUACCUCGUGUCAGGUUGCGAGACUCCUGGCCGAUGGGAAACUUCAACAACCUUGAUAGGAACUUCCUUUCAGUCGCCACAAUAGAAACCAAAGGACCAAUCAACUGUUUCAGACGUCCCCCCGAAUUUGACAGAAGUAGACUGAGACCCUGUAAAUCCGCCUCCGCCAUGGGGCUCAAUGCCACCUCCACCCCAGGAGCCACUUCCACCGCCACGGGCCUCAACGCCUCCACCGCCCCGGGCCUCAACGCCUCCACCGCCACGGGGCUCAACGCCUCCACCGCCACGGGGCUCAACGCCUCCACCGCCACGGGGCUCAACGCCUCCACCGCCACGGGGCUCAACGCCUCCACCGCCACGGGGCUCAACGCCUCCACCGCCACGGGGCUCAACGCCUCCACCGCCACGGGGCUCAACGCCUCCACCGCCACGGGGCUCAACGCCUCCACCGCCACGGGGCUCAACGCCGCCUCCACCCUAGGAGCCACCUCCGCCAGGGAGCUCAACGCCGCCUCCGCCACCGGGCUCAACACCGUCUCCACCCCAGGAGCCACCUUCGCCAGGAAGCUCAACGCCACCUCCGCCCCAGGAGCCACCUCCGCCCCAGGAGCCACCUCCGCCCCAGGAGCCACCUCCGCCCCAGGAGCCACCUCUGCUCCAGGAGCCACCUCCGCCAUGGGGCUCAAUGCUGCCUCCGCCCCAGGAGCCACCUCCGCCAUGGGGCUGAAUGCUGCCUCCGCCCCAGGAGCUACCUCCACCACGGGGCUCAACACUGAUAUCUUUGCUCUAAGCACUACUGCAAGUGUCACUGGAGGAACUUGCAGUUUUUCCACUACAGAGGCCAGCUGCAAGUUGAGCAUAGCGGGUAGUGCUAAUGCUAAUGCUAACUCAGACUGUCGGCUGCUUCGGUCUCUUGGACAGCAAGGUCCAGUUGUUGUGGGCGGGGCUCGUAGAACUGUGUGUGAACCUCCUAGGUUUCAUGCGUAUCCAAAACAGCUAGUUUUGGGUAAUGCACCUGCUGUAACCCGGAGCUGGGGGCGGGGCCAGGGAAAAGGGACAAUAGGGCCCCGCCCCUCUGACUCCACCUUUAUCUCACUGCUGUUGCUCCUUCAAAGUGGGUCCAGUAACAGCAUGAUUGCCAUAGACAACAAGAUUGAGCAAGCCAUGGACCUUGUGAAGGCCCACCUGAUGCUGGCGGUGAGGGAGGAGGUGGAGGUGCUGCGCGAGCAGAUUAAGGAGCUGGCCGAGAGGAACGCUGAGCUCGAGAGGGAGAACUACAUCCUCAGGGGGCUCAGGGAGAACCAGUGACACGGCCACAGUGCAUCAUGGGAAACCAUCACGGGGAACGUGGCUCUUGGAGUCGAUCUGAAAUCCAGCGUUCAGGAGAUCAAAGGCUUUAAGAGACAGACGGACAGACAGACGGAGGUGUAGAGUAGAUAAAGAGACGUGAGAAAUGAAGGAAUUCAACAACAGACAAAAGUCUAUGAGAGGGCUCGGCUUGCGAAGCACUAGUGGAAUGUCUCUCUCACACACACGCACACACACAGACACACACACACGUAAACAGACUGAUGCUAAUCCACUAAUAUCAGUGACACUAAAUUCUGUAUGCUGAUUUGUAUUGUUAAAAACAGUGUGUGUGUGUGUGUGUGUGUGUGUUUGGUGAACAGUCAGGUUUGUUUAAACAAUAAUGGUAUGGUGGUUACUAUGGCAAGUCCAUGGUUCUGGGUGCGAGGAGGAGGAUGUGUGUUUAACCUUGUGUGUGUGUGUGUGUGUGUGUGUGAGAGAGAGAAAAGGAAAUUAACAAACAGAUUACUGUAUGAACAGGACUGUAACGUCUCACUGCUCAUUUAAUGAUAUUAAAAUUUCUCAUCACUCCUAAAGCUGACCCGAGUGAU